AGAACAACAGAAAUCACCCAAAGCUUUUCACAGAAGAGGUCGAAGAGAAGAUCAUUCUUCAGAUUGAAUCUCGACCUGUGGCUACGGAUAUGGCAGAAGAGGGUGCAUUUCACCGCAAUGCAGAAGGUCCUCCGGGAGGACGAGCGAGCCAAUCAAUGCGUAUCAAGAUGUUGGUUGGCGAAUUCAAGACGACUAUCAUCAUCCACGCGGACAGAAGGGACAUUCCGCAGGACCUGUGCAGAUUCACGUCCAGGCUCUCUGCGGAAGCGGGAAGCAACAGUGCACGAGGUUCGAGCUGGACCCAUCACGGCAAUAAUUGCUUUUGCAAGGGGCAGGCUGCAGUGGAGGACUGGAAUCCGGAUGAGGCCAUGCAGUAGGAGGCCGCGACCAGAAGCCAUGCACGGACCUGACAAGCACGAGACCGAAGACUUGCGCCUUUCCCUCUCCCCCUACCCACCUGACUUCUGAAUGUCAGGAGGAAGCAGGCACGAAGGGAUAUCUAUCGUAUGAAUCGAUCUCCAAUCCUCUGUGCUCUUAAAUGGAUCGUCUACCAGCUCGCCGUUUGUAGCGCACAGAUACGGGUCGAGCAAGACCUGGAUGCAGCAUCAGCUUUGGUCGCCUUCCCUCCACACUACGUUUGGUUUCCACAUCCACGUUGGGUCAGCAGGUUCAAUUUGAGCUGCGAGACAUUAAGUCAUGGAAGCUGAGAAGGGUCCAGGGCCGGAAGAACUCCAUGUUGAGGUGACCCACUCCAUACUACCGGCUGAAUACGUUCCUCAAGGCAAGGAGGAGGCGAUAGCUGAGCUGAGCGUCUACGUCAAUUGGCCGGAAGCGGCCAGCAGAGCUAUCAUUUUCGCCUCCGAUGUUCACGGAUGGGAGAAUCCAAUACUGAGGACUAUUGCCGACAAAGCAGCAGCUGCGGGGUUCGCAGCCUUCGUUCCCGAUUUCUUCCAUGGCGAUCCCUUCGUUCCUCGACCAGGAGUGGGAGAUAUGAGAUAUUUUCCAUGGGUGACCGAAUGGUUGAAGCUACACACCGCAGAAGGAUCCGUUGAGGAGUGCAGAAGCUUGAUGACGGAGCUGAAGAGGCGGGGAAUUACGUCCUUCGGAUUGUCUGGAUUCUGCUGGGGAGCAAGACUUGCCAUGCUGCUCGAUGGUGUGGAAGAGCUCCAGGCGAUAGUUUUGCUUCACCCGAGCCUGUUAAAAGUUGAGGCUAUGAACAGUGUAAGAGCACCUCUGGCCAUACUUGCUGCCGAAUUUGACUCGAGCACGCCCGUCGAAACGAUUAAAAUGUACGAGGACGUCCUAGACUCACGGCCCGAGGUGCAGAGCUUUGUGAAGAUCUACGCAGGAACAGAGCACGGCUGGACCGUGGCGAAACCCGCCGGUGAAGCAGCUCGGAGAGCGGCGGAUGAAGCUCACCACGACAUGCUCGAGUGGUACCAGAAGCACUUCCAGAGCCCUGCCCUUGCCUCGCACCUACCGCGUUUCACGAUCGAGACUUGAUAUCCCAACCUCUCGAGGCUUCCUCCUGAGUGCUUCCUCUGCCGUCCGUCAUCACGUGCUCUCGAUGAAACCAUCAUUUUGCAUUGUGCUCUAUGUAUCUGUCACAAUACUGGAACGUACCACGUUACAUGUCACAUACUUCGGUGUUUGAUUUACGUGAUCGAUCAUAUGCGUAGGUUCAUAAUCUUGUCGAUGGUUUAAUCAAGACUAAGAGAUACUUUCCCCACGUUGCAUGAGAACAACAUGUACUUGUUCUCGGUAGAAAACUCACAUUAUUAUUUCUCAAAUUUCAAAACACCAAGUACACAAAAGACACCAUCUAGGUAUAAUUCAUUUUGGUCAAUUAUUGCUAUCAUUUUCUCAUAUACUCUCUCACUAAUACUCCCAUCUCCACAUCAAAGAUUAUCAUCCUAAUCAGAGG